AUGACGAACUCUCGUCCAUACUCUAGCUCCUCGACGGGCUCCAAGUCCUCGUUUUCCUCCUCUACCUCAACAGCGUUCUCGACACUCUCUACCUCGUCGUACCCAUUCUGGACGGCGACCGGCACCCGUGAUACUCGCCGUUUUAGUCCCCGCCUUCGUGACCUGCUCAUGACCUUACGCGAACAUGACAUUAAGGCUAUCGAGUGGGGUCUGGGACUCGACAGCUCCAUGGGCGCCCCCGUACAUGUCUCCAACCACUUUAUCAUUCUGGACCUUGCCUAUGUCUCGUUCAUCCCGGAGCUCGGCAUCUGGCAGCCUGACCCCAUUGAGGCCUUUCGAUCGUACCUGCACCCCGUGUGCAUGCGCGAAGGGUCGCUAUACCAUCCCGACAUUAUGAGCCUCGUUUCAUGGAUGAGCAACUUCAUAAUAUACGCCACCUGCGGUGUCAAGUACAUACCCAAGCCAACGACCGAGGACGAGUGCGAUAAUGACGACCCGGCAUGGGAGCGUGAGGGUUUAGCCCGUCUGGACAGUGUACCAUGGGGUGAACGUCAGUGGCUCGAGCCUGUGCUGCGCUCUCUUGUCAAGGGUGAGGUCAGCUACGAGAUAUUCACAAAGGACUGGUGA